GAUGGCCCGUUUGACACGGGGCUGCGGCGCGCGGUUCACCUUCAUUAAACAGAGUGUUUCGGCACAAUGUUUCAAAGCGUGUGUCAACCAGCGCAGAUCACGUGAUUGAUGACGUAUGACGCGCCAAAUGCAUCACUCACCUGAACCAGGUUUCAGAUCUCAGGUGUGUUUGAUCAGAAGGGCGCGCUGUUGUCUAUAAAUACAGAUGAAUCCCAAACAACGUUUCCCGACCAGUUCUGUUGUUUCCCGUGUAUCGUAAGAAUCAACGUCAUGGCACCCGGUAAAAAACGUUCUGUGGCUUGGGAUCAUUUCAACUUGAUUUCUCCAAAUAAGGUGCAAUGUUUGAUUUGCAAACAUGAAUUUGCAUUUAAUGAUAGUACAUCCUCCAUGAUGUGACAUCUCCGCUCCGUUCAUCAUGUUGAAACUCCGCAGUCGGCAAAUCAAGCCUUCAAUCCACCUUGUAUUGUGUCAAGAAAGCAAGAACUUGAUUCUGCAUUGGUGGAUAUGAUUGUAAUGGAUGCACAACCAUUUUCAAUUGUUGAAGACAAAGGCUUCAAGGCUUUUGUCAACCUUUUGGACCCAUCCUACAUAAUUCCUAAUAGGAAGGCCUUGAGGACAAUGGUGGAGGAGAAGUACAAAGCCAAAAAGGAGAAGGCUUUAGAUGUGGUUAGCAGGGCCUCUGCUGUCAGCCUUACAGCAGACAUGUGGACAUCCAUUAACAUGGACGCUUACUUGGCUGUAACAUGCCAUUUUAUCACCGAGGAGGUGGAGCUGGCCUCUGUGGUCUUGGGGGUUCUGAAGUUUCCCCAAACCCACACUGCAGCUCACUUGGCUGAGGCCAAAAAUCUUCUCAUGGAAGAAUGGGGAAUUAAAGGGAAGGUGACAGGCCUGGUUACAGACUGUGCUCCCAACAUGGUUGCAUGUGCUAAUAUAUUACUGCUUCGGCACAUAAUGUGUUUUGCACAUAUGCUUAAUUUGGUGGUGAAAAAGUCCCUUGCCCAAACCCCUGAACUAGAGGAUAUCCGAAGUAAGGGGCGUAGGAUUGUCGGUCUUUUUAAAUCCAGCACCACAGCGAAGGAGAAGCUGUCAGGGAUGCAGCGACAGCUGGCCAGGCCAGAGCACAAAUUAAUACAAGAGGUGGAAACAAGAUGGAACAGCACAUUUAAUAUGUUGGAAAGGUUGAUUAAGGAGAGAGAGCCACUGGGGGCAGCUCUGGCCACCCUCCAUACAGACCUUCCUCCACUCACCUCAGAGGACUACCAGGCCAUACACCACUGCUUGAGCAUUCUUUCACCGUUUCAAGAGGCCACAGUUGAGCUUUCGACAGAAAAACGAGUGUCAGCAUCCAAAGUCAUUCCCAUGGUCAAAAUGCUGAAACAUUACAUCUCAAGCAGGUGUGGUCAGAUCACACACCCACUUGGUGAAAAACUGGCCACUAACUUGAAGAACAAUCUCCAUGAGAGGUUUUCAGCUCUGGAGAAGGUCACUGCUCUGUCAAUGGCAACCUUGUUGGACCCAAGGUUUAAAGAGCUGGGGUUCUGCAGCCAAGGCUCUGCCCACUAGAGGGCUGCAUUGGGAUUGGG